GUUGUCUCUGCGGUAGAGCAGCAUCUGCUGGAGAGAUGGCGGAUGUUGCCCAGAAAAAGAUUUACAAAUACAAGAAAGUCCUGAGUAACCCAAGCCGUUGGGAAGUCGUCUUGAAGGAGAUCCGAACUCUGGUGGACAUGGCCCUGACGUCCCCCCUACAGGAUGACUCCAUCAACCAAGCCCCGCUGGAAAUUGUCUCGAAACUGCUCUCAGAGAACACAAACUUGACUACCCAAGAGCAUGAGAACAUCAUUGUGGUAACUAAGAUGGCCCCUGCUCCCACGGAGUUCUUGGUCUAUUAAAUGAGACUGCUGCAAAAAUAAGAGGCGUGUAACAGAGAG